AUGGAUAAGAGUUUGCAUGUUCUCAUCUUUAAGGAGAAUUAUGUUAAUGUUAGAGGAAGCCAAUACAAUAACUGGGCUACCCUCUUCAAGCUCCAUUGUCGUGCAAACUUGGUCAUUGACCACAUCCUACCUCCUGCCUCCCCCACCGUGCCACCACCGGCAACUGCAGCCGAAAAACUUGCUGCUAAGGCCCUAUGGGAACGGCUAGAUGACAUUGUUCGGCAAUGGAUAUAUGGUACGAUAUCGAAUGAUCUUCUCAACACGAUCAUUCAUCAAGAGGACACCGCAGCCGAAGCUUGGGACCGUCUUGUUCAUCUCUUUCAGGAUAACAAAUCGGCUAGGGCUCUUGCUCUUGAUGCAAAAUUCACCAACACAAAAUUGGUGGAUUUUCCGAAUGUGAAAGCAUACUGCACCAGGCUGAAAGUUCUUGCAGACAAUCUCGCCAACGUCGGUCAAAAGGUUUCAGACGAACGACUUGUGUUUCGUCUUCUGUGA